ACACCCCAGUCACAGGGAUCUGCCAGAUCAGAUGUCAAGUAAAGGUAGCAGCUCCUCUUUCAGAUCAAACUAACCAUCCACUGGGCUGAAAGCCCAGAGGCAGAGGAUCUUGAGCGAGGCAUUUUUCCCUUGUGUUUUUCAGCUGUGUUAUAUAAAUAAUGGCGUGUGAAUAGACUAUUUUAAGAAGAGAAAUGGAUCAGGCUGAGAGUCAGGAAGAGGACAGCACGUUCACCACUAUUUCUCUGGCUGACGAUCCAGCAGAUUCUAGACCAAGGAUCUUCAAUUCAGAACUAGAAAGUGACCAGUUCAAUAUGAAUGCAGAUAUGGAAGCAACCGACCCUGAGAACCAAGUAGAAUUAGAAGAGAAGACACGGCUGAUUAAUCAGGUUCUGGAGCUUCAACACACUUUAGAAGACCUGUCUGCACGAGUGGACGCAGUUAAAGAAGAAAACCUGAAACUGAAGUCUGAAAAUCAAGUCCUUGGACAAUACAUAGAAAAUCUCAUGUCAGCCUCUAGUGUUUUCCAGACAACAGAGACAAAAAGCAAAAGAAAGUAAGGGCUGGUUUGAUUCAAAAGCGAUCAGAUAGUGCUGUAAAUAUCCUGUCUUUGUUUCUAGAAUGCCGCAAUCUAUUUAGUUUAUUAGUACUGAAUGUUAGUGUAACAUCAAUGACCUGGAAUGUGUGUUUGUGUGUGCGAUUUUUUUUUAAAGUUGCUCUAUCUAAUUUAUCUAAUAAAUCAAUCCUUCACCCCUAAAAAUACUUUUUUCAAAAAACAUUGAUGUACAUAGGAAUCCUCCUCAAUAACAUGUUUAUGCCAGAAUAAUAUGUCCUAGUAAUAUCUGUUAGGCCAAUUUGGACGACAGUUUUUGAAAUUGAUACCAGGAUUAUUGUGAUUGUUACAACAUACUCUUAGGAUUUUAAUGACUGCCUUGUGUGUUUCUGAAAGGGAUUCUGCAACUUUAAUACUGCUUCCAGGAUUUCAGUCCAUUCUGUGUGUUGCUGAUAGCUUAGUUCUGAUUUUCAGGCACCCAGUAUAGUUUAGGUUAAGUUUAAGUGCAAUAUGACAUUGUUGUUAGUUAUUGAUAGUAGGAAAUUGAUGUUCUUAACUUUGUAAAUCUGGUUGGCAAAUUGGUACCCUGUGGCCUUUAUGUGUGUACAGUGAUACUGUGUUCAUAAUCCUACACUUUCCCAUAUGCAUUUGUCAUAAUAAAACAAUAGCUUUGUUUUGUAA